UGUUCCUCACAUUGCUCCGUCGAAUAUUCUUGGGCGAGCGUUGUAUUAGGUCGCAGUGCGGUGCGGUCCCUCUAUAUUUUGUUUUAAACAAAAUUCGGGAUAAUCGUGUUAAUUGAUUGCUCAAAAAUUCUUGUUUUUUUUUGUACGAAGGGUUUAUGGUUUAAGGGUCUAUAGUUUUAUUGUGGGACAAAAACUGAGGGUAAUUUUUUUAUUAUUUUUGUGUGUUUUUGUGAGAAGUGUUAACAAUGGAAUAACUGCUCGUUGAGAAGUGGUAGUGGGUUUAUGGAUUUAGGGAGAACAGUCAUCUGUGGUAAAUAAGCGGUUUUUGAACGUACAGCAACAACUUUUGUCCUAAAAUUCGCAUCUUGGAAGUACAAGCAUAACAUAUUUAGAAAAUGCAAGGAACAAAAGUGGACGCGAUGUAACAAGCAUCAGCGGCAAUAAGUCUACAAACUAUGGAUGUUCGAUGGGCCGUCGUCGAUUUGCUGCCGAUCGUCGUUUUUCUUUUGUCAGCGUUUCAGAUUACCUCGACGUUUAAACAAGGUACUUGUUAUUUUCCGGAACGAUGGGAGGGUGCGUGGUUUCAAAGUGGAGUGCGAUCACCAGUGAUCAUCGAUGGACCACGACUUAGCACCAAAGGGCGUUGCCUGGGCUCAGAUGGUGACAAGUUCUUAAUGGUUGAUGAAAAAAGAGCUUGCUACAGAUGCGUCGUUAUUCAUGAGAAACACAAAAAUGUCUUGCAGUACAAAGAAACAUUUUGCCAUGGGCGAGACGCUCUACCGACCCUUUGUAGCCUGAUUACCGGAGAUGCGUUACUUUACUCGUUGUUCCGGGAGAAUGCGAGUCCCGUUUCCUGUCCUUUCCGGGGCCCUUUUACAUUCACCUAUAAUAGGGGACACGGGGAGUGCAGGUCGCCGGUGUCCAACAUAGACACUUGCACCGAGGACAGCAAAUUACUGCUUAGUUAUCAGGCUUGUCCGGACAUUUACGGUUCCGAAAGUACUGUGGAAGAGCUUCAGUGUUUGGCCUCCUGGAAAGAGGGCAGCGUCCGUUACUUAGUUGGUCAACUGCACCACAACCACGUGACGUCCAACGAGGACAGAUUUCGAUGUUUCGUUUACGAAAAAACCAGUGCAUCUUCAGAGAAUCCUGACGGAGUUGACUAUAGGGUGGCACAAAGCGGCGAUGCCACUUGUAACGGCCUCUUUAGUGCUACCGAGGGUAGCAGAACUAUGACGUUAAGACGAGCACCCCCAGUAAAUAAAUGUCGCUUUCCAAGCUGGCUAGCGAACUACAAUCACUGGCAUACAUUAGACUAUUCGCAAAGCUACAGCUUUCAUCAUAGAAAUUCCACCCUAAGGAUAAGCAAUUCCAGUGGAAUAGAAAUGAAGGUUGUCUGUGUUCAAGUUAAGCAUAGUAGAGACGACGGUCACGUUGUAUUGGUUACACACUUCACCAUGGGAUGUCAAAGCGGAUUUAGUUGCAUGUCGUUUUAUAGAAGAGACGGACAUGUGGCUGAAUUACAAACUGGAUCGCACACAAAACGGUCGGAAGAUGCAUGCAAUAUGCCAUUUUUCAAUAAAACUACGUUGCCAUUCAUUACGUUAGUUACAAGCUCUUCAGAACGACCUUCUCAACCAUGCCCGUAUACAGGAAAGUUUGACGUCAGUAAUUUACUCAAACAGGAUUCCAGAGAUUUUCCACAGGAGAGAGUACCUUUGGAAGCCCAGGAUGCUUUUUAUCGCUCGAAGCGAACACCUCAGCACGAUUUCGAGCUUAUGGACAUAGUCAGGGCAAGGCGGAAGAGGCUGGAUCAAAGCAAUUGUGGCAGCAAGUCAUUCUCGAGUUUGGUCAUUGGGUGUAAUAAGAUGGACACUAUGGAGUUUAAUACUGAGUGUACUACGCCAGAUUUAAUAACUGCAUAUUCUUGCCAUGGUAGAUGGGAGGAAAAUGGCACCUCUUUCCUCAUCACAUCCCCAAUCAGUAGAGCACAUGGCUCCAAGAAAUUCUGCUUUAUGUAUAAAGAAAUCAGCACUAAUUUAGUAGCAUUCUCUUCAUCUAGCAACUGUAACAGGAUGAUUCGACCUGGAAUUACUGGCGAACUCAUCUUCAACGUUACUAACCGAGGUCGAUGUAUGGAAACUAGCGGCUCAACUAGAAUAACCCUUUCGUCACUAAGCACGAUGUUUUUAUUCUCGUUUUUAAUAAAAUCGCUCACACAGCCCAUAUCUGUUCACAGAUGAUCAACAAAUUUUGUGAUUUUAGUCACUAAACAAAUUUCUUAAUAUUGUAAGAUGAGACUGUAUAAAUAAGGUUGUGGUUUAUGUAAUGGGUUAUUUUAUUAUCGCACUGUUUUUAACAUUAUUAUCAUUUUUAUUUAGGCACAACACUAACGUCGUAUAGGUUACAUUAUAAUCUGUGAUGUACUGAUAACAACCUAUACAUAUGCUGGUUUUACUACUUAUUGUUUGCUCCCUAUAAUUGUUACUUUAAAGGAUUUAUUUUUUUUUAAUAGUAAAUAAAAAAGUUUGUUAGUUAGUAUUAAAUAGGAUUUAGUAUUAAAUAUUUAAAUUUUGAAACGAAGCCGUUUUUACUUUUAUUAAACGCUGGAAAAUUGUACAUAUCACUUAUAAAAACGGCUAGUUUCAAACAGAAAAAAAAUACAUAAAAACUGUGAUUUUUUUAUUUGUUUUUAAAACAAAACAAGAAGUUAUAAAUAAUUAUCAUGCAGGAUGUAAAAGAUAUUUUUGCACUCGUCGAGUAACCUAACCUAGAAGAAUCCUGACACUGAGGGUGAUAUUUUUGAACCAGAAGCAAUAUAAAAUUUUUUAGUUGUAUUAAAGUUUUAUAAUUCUAUGGAAUAUUUGUAGUGUUGUGUAGAAGUUAAGAAAUUGCUCGAAGAACAAAAAUUAUAUAAUAAAAAAACGUGUAUUUUAAGGAAGUUUAGAUGUAAUUGGUUUUUUAGCUAUAGAUGGUCUCCCAACUCUAUUUAUAAAUAAAAUACGUUAGUAUAGACAUUUUUGUUAUAGUAAUAAAUUGAUUUGAUUUUG